AUCAACACUGCAGCUACGUGCAGGUCGGAUGUGUUGCGGCGUUUCUCGAGAAUCAAGUGUUGCCUGUUUUGUUCCUCAUUUUCAGUAUCAGCAGGCAGGUUUCACUGCAGCAAGGCUGAAAACCACUGGAGCAUACUGACAGUCUGCACAUACUGUCCACAUCAGAACGACCUGCACAGUUCACUGCUUCAUCAUGCUGCGGAAAGACAGGCAGCUAAUUGGACUUGGUCAAAUUAGAUCUGUGCUCUCACCAAGUGUUGGCUCACAAACACGGAGGAAGAGAUGACCACUGACUUGGGAUUUAGGUUACAUAAUGAGAUUGGCUGGCUCACCCGUGGGGACAGAUGCUGUGCGCAUGUUUCAGGGCUAAUCCUACUGUUUAGGUUUAAACACCAAUGUGACCCAGGGACUGCAGAGCCUCUGUGCUCCAUAUUAUUACCAUAUCCAUCCAGAAACAUCCAUACAAAUGAGUCUGCUGUUCCUAAAAGUGAAUGCACUCAGGAUUUUAUUCAAAUUUCAUUUGCAUUGUUGCUUUUUGAAGGAUAGUACUGGCUGCAACAUCACUGACAGUUCAGUUGAAUUUUUGAAAUAUAGUCCCUGUAAACAAACUACGAAGCCUUUUACACUGUGCCACAUGCAAACCUGACAACAUUGCAAAUAUAGUCGUGAAAUAGAUGCGACAAGCAGGGCAGUUUUUAAUUUUUUCUGGGCCCUGUGCAAAAUCUUGUUCAAGCACUCAUUAGUCCACUAAAUCUGCAUCAUAUUUAAUAUACACAUAGGUGACACCAAAUGCUACCAUUAGACAUAAUUUUAAUCAACUUAGCCACCUGGUAAUAAAAAAAUAACACUAAUAAACUUUAUUUUUAUAGCAUUUUCUUAAUGUAACAGAGUGCUUAACAGAAGCAGAAUUGCUGGAUAAAUAAACAAAGUAGCCAAAGAGCAUAAAAACUGAGCUCAUACAACACAAAAAUAUUAGAACAAUAAGGUCAUAAAACAGGAGGGAAACAAAAAAAGAAUCUUAGAAACGCUCAUAUGUCACAUAUUCAUAGAGGCCUUUUGGUUAUACCGUAAUUUAGUCAACUUGGCUGCCUGACUAUAAAACGUAACAUUAAUAAACUUUAUUUAUAUAGCAUUUGAUUAAUGCUACAAUGUCCUUAACAGAAGCAAAUUAAUUAAAAACCAAAAAUAAAAAAUAAAGAUAAUAAAAGCAGCCAAAGAGUAUAAAAACUAGACGAGGUUAGAUAUUGUCUAUUGUGAUGUGACUAAGCAGACAAGUUGUCUCCCUGUUGGUCUGUAAUCUAAAUCUUUCCUGCUCCCAACUACAAUAAAUACCCAAAGAUCAGAGAGAAUCCUCAGAACUGAUGCUGGCAUUGCUUGUAUGUACUUCUGCUCUGUUGGUGUCACUUCUUCUGAUAAACCUUACUCACAACCUACACUACUGUUCAAAAGUUUGGGCUCAUCCAGACAAUUUCAUGUUUUCCAUGAAAACUCACACUUUUAUCCAUGUGCUAACAGAACUGCACAAGGGUUUUCUAAUCAUCAAUGAGCCUUUCAACACCAUUAGCUAACACAAUGUAGCAUUAGAACACAGGAGUGAUGGUUGCUGGAAAUGUUCCUCUGUACCUCUAUGGAGAUAUUCCAUUAAAAAUCAGCUGUUUCCAGCUACAAUAGUCAUUUACCACAUUAACUAUGUCUACACUGGAUUUAUCAUUCAUUUAAUGCUAUCUUCAUUGAAAAAGAACUGCUUUUAUUUGCAAAAUAAGGACAUUUCUAAGUGACCCAAACUUUUGAACGCUAGUGUUAAUCAUCUGAGUCUCCAGUGUGUCUCUCUGCCUCCUCAUCCUCUCUCAACCUCACUGAACUUCCACAACAGACAUCAUAAAACAAGUAACAUUAAAACAAUCAGGUCAUAAAAGAAUCACAAAAAAGAAUCCUAAAAGACACUCAUAUGUCACAUCUUCAUAGAGGCCUUCUGUUAAAACAAUGCUUUUAGAAUAGAUUUUAUGUCGCCUGUCUGAUCUCAGUUGGCAGACUAUUUCACGGUUUGGGUGCCGUAGAGGUAAAAUCCUGGUCACCGUUGGUUACAAGCCAAGACUUAGGAAUUACCAGCCGAGCUCCAUUUACUGAUCUGAGAGAACACACUGGGACACAAGGGGUUAAAAGGUCUGCAAUCUAAUUUGGAGUAAAGCCGUUUAAAAGUGACCAGAAAUUUUACAUCAGUGCAGAAUUUUACAUGUAGUUAGCGUAAAGUGGCAAGCACUCGAGUGAUAUGAUCAUAUUUCCUCCUUAAGAACCAGGCAGCAGUGAGCUAAACCAGCUGGUGAGAAGAUCUCUGACGUGAGUUAAAAAUAAACACAUGUAUAAUCUUGUGCAAAUCGGCGUCAGACAGCAAUGAUCUAAUUAUAGAGGUUUGUUUUAGCUGAGAAAAGCGGGAUUGGACAGCACCCUUGUUGUCACAAAUAUCAAAACAAACAAGGAAAUCGUGUCCGGUACACAAUUAUAGGUGACACGAUUAAAAUGUUGCACUAAGCUCUGCCUGAAAAUCCAGCCGAUAAAGUCCUUGAAUGUUUCAAUGUGUAUGAUGCAGUGAAAAGGGGACAAGUGAGGCAGGAAUUAAGAGCAAUAAAGCCCCUUUUAGAUGUGCACUCCUUUCCAUUAAUCUGAUAGCAUCUAAACAAGACGGUUUUAUGUCUGAAUGAGCAUUUCAAGCUCUUUUCUGUAAAAGUUAUGAUGGUAAACUCACAAAGUUGGACAUAAGUCUGAACUAAAAGCUGUUGCAUUUAUGGAUAUGCCUGCAAAUUCAACAGGAAAUGUGUUUCUGGGGAGUUUAACGAUGAUGUGAAAGUUGUAACUCUGCUUUUUUUAAUGUAUUUUGAUUGUUGUUACAAAAAACUCUUGACUCUGAAGUUCCACUAUUUGAUGUAAAGGUCUCAGCGAGAACUUUACUUUAUCUUUGUGUUCCCUUGAAAUAGUUUUGCGUCACCUCACAAUGCUUUUGUGGUCCCUUACAGUACAAUUGCUUUACAUUCCUUAUAUUCCUUCUGACUGAUAAGAACAGUGGUGUUGGUCCAGUCCAGUUGUAACACACUGCAAGUCUAGGGCAACACAGGUACUAUUGAAAAAAAAAAAGCAGAUAAUGGAACAUUUUUGCUCUGCAUGCUGUGUUGUUGAAGCUGCAGUUGGAUAUUUGGUUAUUGUUCGGACUUUGGCUGCUGCUGUGAAUUUGUCCAGCUGCUGCUAUUUGAACCUGCAGUGCUGCUAUAACAGACGUGUUUAUUAGUUCAGGACUGUAGGAGUGCAGUAGCAUGAAUACACACAAAAAUUACUGCAUGUGAGGGAACAUAAAAGUUGUUGUGGUCCAGUGCAAAAGUUGUUGUGAGGAAACGUAAAGUUGUCAUGAGGGAACGCAUAACGUUUGGUCAAAGAACAUAAAAGUUGCUGUGAGGGAACAUGACAAUUGUUGUGAGGAAAUGCAGAACUUAUUGGAAUGCAAAACUUCUCUCCCUCCCAUUUAAACCUUUAUUAUACUUUAGUGCAGACGUGCUCACUGUAAAAACCCACAAACACGUAAUUAUUUAUCCUACUUUUCCAGUGAGCAGGAUUCUGGUUGGAUAACUCAGUUUGCUACAUGUGCAGUCAGUCAUAUCUACAUGCACUACUGCUGAACAUGCACCCUGUUGAACUUGUAGUCUUGUUCCUGCAUGACACCAGGUCGUUGUGAGUUGUCUUCAGGGGUUCUCAUUGACUUGGCAAAGUGACCAAAUUUACAUCAUGCUAAUCAUAGGGGGCUCCAUAUAAUCUUACUACAAGUGGCUCUAUAAUAUUUAGAAAAGCUCAUGAAUCUUGACAUCUGUCAGGCUCAGAUUUUGCUGCCACACUUCUGUUAUAAAAAACAAACAUACUGCUGUCCUUCUCCCUUUCUUCCACCAGGUGUCAGCAAACACACAGUUAUAGUUCCUGCAGACUUCCUUCUCACAAAGCUGCGCUCAGUUCUGCUUUUUGUCAACUAAACUCAGUUUCUGAAGACAAAACGCAAAGUUUAUAGUGCAUGUGUGCAUUUAAACACAAUAAUUUGUCAGCAAUGUUGACAUAAGUCCCACAGUCAGACCCAUUUUUGCACGUUUCGUAAUCACCAAGUUGAGUUGCAUACGCAGUUGCAGAUUUAUUUCACUUUAGUCGUGUGUUUUAUCACUAAUGUCUAUAAAAACUCUCUCCGCGUUAGGAGUUCAUCACAAAGAGGGGAAACAGUUAAAGUUUGCUCGCUGUAAGCAGAUUAGGAAACGUUGAAUUGCAGCAGUUGUUUUGGUGGAGGUGGGAGGAGUGUGCGUAAUCAUAACAGCAGAUCUCCAAACGCUGCGCCUUCUCUCUGCGGAGCUGCGCACUGAGCAGCCGCAGUUUUCAGAUCUGCGCAGCGCCUGGUUUCACGUCCUCCAGACCUCCCUUCACCUCGCUCGACCCUCACGCCUCGCUUGUCCUCUACAUGGACUUCGCGUUUCCAACUUCUCCACUAAACGCGGCGUCGACAUGGACUCUGUGGCUCCAUAGUCUCUCCGUCGGGGCGCCGCUCGUAUGGCCGGAGCUUGCUGCAAGUGUCCGGUCUCCCUGUCCGUGUUCAAGCGCUCUCUCUCGGUGGCUCCGCGGGGCUGCGGCUCCGCUCCUCGGUCCCUCCUGCCGGGCUGGAGGCUCGGGGAGCGGGGCCUGCAGGAGGCCGCCCGACGCUCCAGCGCCCUCAGACCCGCAGGUUUCCACCGACAGACGGCCUUUCUGCAUCUCUCCUGCCAGGAAUCCAUGAGCGACAGCCUGCGGACCUGUUACCUGUACCUGAACCAGACCAGCCGGAGCUUCGCUGCUGUGAUUCAGGCGCUGGACGGAGAGCUCAGACAUGCAGUUUGUAUUUUCUACCUGGUGCUGAGGGCGCUGGACACAGUGGAGGACGACAUGAGCAUCCCUCUGGACAAGAAGGUGCCGAUGCUGAACGACUUCCACACCUACCUGUACCAGGAUGAGUGGUGCUUCACCGAGAGCCAGGAGAAAGACCGGCAGGUUCUGGAGGAUUUCCCCACGAUAUCGCUGGAGUUCAGAAACCUCGCUCAGGAAUACAGAGACGUCAUCUCAGAUAUCUGCCACCAGAUGGGCGUGGGAAUGGCUGAAUUCCUGGAGAAGAAAGUGGGAUCCAUGAAGGAGUGGGACCAGUAUUGUCACUACGUGGCCGGUCUGGUCGGCAUCGGUCUGUCUCAGCUCUUCUCUGCAUCCCAGCUGGAGGAUCCUGAAGUCGGACGCGACACUGAGCUUUCAAACUCUAUGGGCUUGUUCCUGCAGAAGACCAACAUCAUCCGGGACUAUCUGGAGGACACGCAGGAGGGACGUGCCUUCUGGCCACAAGAGGCCUGGAGCCAGUUUGCGGGUCGUCUUGAGGACUUGGCUCAUCCUGAGAAGCUGGAGUCGGCUCUGUCCUGCCUCAACCUGCUGGUCACCGACGCUCUGAGACACGUCCCGGACGUCAUCACCUACCUGUCCCGUCUGCGCAACCAGAGCGUCUUCAAUUUCUGUGCCAUUCCACAGGUGAUGGCAAUAGCUACCCUGUCGACGUGCUACAACAACCCCAUGGUGUUCCAGGGAGUGGUGAAGAUCAGAAAGGGACAAGCUGUGACUCUGAUGAUGGAAGCCACCAACAUGAGGGCCGUGCAGAUGAUCAUCAGCCAGUACAGCCAGGAGAUUCUACAGAAGGUCUCCCUCGCCGACCCGUCGCGGGACAAGACCCUGCACAUCCUGGCCGUGAUCCGAGAGAAGUCGGCGCUGUCCCAGUCCAGCCUGCCCUCCAGGACUCACCACCUUUCUCCCAUGUACCUGUCCGCUGCCAUGCUGCUAGCCGCCCUCAGCUGGCAGUACCUCAGCACCACCGCAGCUCAGGCGCAGGGCACCGGCGACAUGAAGGGACAGUGAACCCCAGCCACCCUCACCUCUCCUGGGGCAUAUAGACUAACGAAGCCCCCCUUUGCCCCCUCUGGAGGUCGGGUUCUCCUUUGACUAGAGGAGCCUGUUCCCUAUUUGCUGUUUCAUUGUGUCUGCUACAGGACCAGGGACUUGUCAGACUGUGGUGUUGUCCUGGUAACGGAGUCGUCUUGUUACGUUAUUUGAUAGUGAUGUUGUGGUAGUACAUCCUCUGUCUGGAGAAACUGUUUACACACAGUGUGGUUUAAUUCACCAGCGUCAAUGAGACACUAAAACCGUUCAGGGUGUUUUUUUUUUGUUUUUUUUUUUUUGUCAGUUCAUGUUUAUGUUGGUUCUGUUUUCCUUCCUUUUUGUUUUGACCCAUUAUUUAAAUCGGAGGGAGUAAUUCAGCAUAUUUGACUAUUCGAUUAUAGUUUAAAAGUGGCUGAAAUGCUGAAAGGCACAACACAUGACGAUGCACGUUUUAGGAUUUUGGUGGAACACAGUCACCAAACUUCUUUAAGCUUCUCUUUCAUUUUGUCUCAAACCUCAGUUUCCCUAUUUCUCAUGUCAGAUCAAAGCUAGCUUCAUGUUCCACUUAUUAUGUUUCUGUAGGAGAAACACUUAAAUCAGUGCACUUUGCAGCUUUUGCGCUGUAUCUUAGUGUAGAUGACGUGGAUUUGUUUCAGCACUUUACUCACUUCAGUUUCAACUCUCUUUUAAAUUCAUGAGAAAAACAAUAGUGUGCAAUAGCAGGUUAGUUUUACUCGACGUGGACUGUUUAAAUGAAUAAGGAAAUACUGGACAAAUGGAAUUCUUGAUACUUUUGGUAUCAGCAAGAGAUGCAUUCUGAGACUGCUAGCUAAGUGUCCUUAAUGCAGCUUUGGUGAGUAGAAAGGCUAGCGCAGAGUAACCUUGUACAGAACCAAAGGAGAGCUACAAACAUUGCUAUGUAAUGUGACAUUUUGAUUUGUACAUAUUUGAACAAAUAAAGAUGUGAAAGAAUCU